UUGUAAUUAAUAGUAAGUAAUAUUUAAAAAAUGGUGUUUAAAGUUGUUAGUUUCUUUUUAGUCCUAACAGAAAUUGUUUCUGUAUAUGGUCUCCAAGAGAAAUAUAUAAUAGAAAAUAAGGAAACGGGAAUGGUCUGGGAAUGGGUAAAUAAUACAUUUCCAAUGGCAGAAUGGAAUAAUGGGGAUGAGCAGUUAUUUACACUGACUCCGAAAAAUGGUGGAUAUUCCAUAGGAAAUGAUAUUUAUUGUCAAGAGGGUAAUGUAAAGCUCAACACAUGGAAGUUGGAUAUUCAUGGUGAGACGCUAAUUGAGGCACAUGAUGGACAAAAUGAUGUUUUUAUAAUACAGAGAAAUACUACAUUACAUUGUGAUUUUAGUAAUACAAGCAGUGAUCAGUGGUUAAUUGUUGAACAGUCCAAGAAAGUGAAUAUGAAAUAUGUGAUAGAAAACAAGAAAACAAGCAAAGUCUUGGAAGAAACAGACGGCAAGCUUGAAAUGGGGAUAUGGAAAAAUAAAGACUCUCAGCUGUGGAUGUUGAAACCACAUAACAAAUCUGGGUAUUCCAUUGUCAAUGCUGAGAGUGGGAGAAUUUUAACAUACUCUAAAAACGGCAGCGAGUACGAGAUAUGGAGACUGAAAAACCGAGGUUAUGCACGGAUUCAGAUUGAAUAUCCUAACAUAUUUCUGGCGCACAAAAAUGGCAAACCCGUAUAUGUUGAGAAUAAACAGAACGAUGACAGCGACAAGUGGUCAUUGAGUGAACGAAAAUCUGAAAAGAACGGCGCGGCGCCAACACGAUUAUAUGUUCAAGGCCACCAAGCAAAAUUUGUGAUACUAAAUAAGAGAACAGGACAAGUUUUGAGCGAAACAGACAAGACUGUUCAAAUGGAGAAGUUGGAAAAUAGACACUCUCAAUUGUGGAUUCUAAACCCACAAAACAACUCUGGAUAUUCUAUUGUUAAUGCUGCAACUGGGAAAGGUUUGGCUUACUUUAAGAAUGGUAUCAGGUACGACGUAUGGAAAUUGAAUAAAUAUGACGAUACACGGAUUGAAAUUGAAGACGCUGACGUUUUUCUGGCUCACAAAGGUGACAAACCGGUAUUUAUUCAAUAUGAACAGAGUGACGAUAGCGACAGGUGGUCAUUGAUUGAACAAGAUUCUGAGGAAUCAAAUUGGGUAUACAUGGACGAUUACCAGGAGAAAUUUGUAAUUGAAAAUAGGAAAACAGGGAUGGUCUUAGGUGUCUCACGCCAGUUCUUGGAAAUUGAGGAAUGGGGAGAUACAUAUUCCCAAUUCUGGACAUUGGAACCACGAAAUGAAUCUGGACAUUUUAUUAUUCGUAAUGUUGCAAACCGAGGAAUUCUAACGUAUAACAAUAAUAGCAGAGACUACCAAAUCUGGAAACUGAAUACUCAAGGCGAGACGACCAUUCGUGUUGAAGAUAGUGAUAUUUCUCUAGUUGAUAAAGGUGGUGAAGCAGCAUUUACUAAAAAUAAUCAGAAUGACGAGGGCGCUAAAUGGGUGUUCAUCGAACUGUCAUCUAAGAGGGCUAACCCCAAACCGAUUUAUGUGAAGGCACAGCAAUCAGUAGAUAUCGCGUAAUAAUUAAAACAUAUAAUAACUGUUACUCAUAAGAAAAUUGUGGAAAUAAAAUUAUUAAAAUUUA